AUGUCCUCCAUCUCAGCCGCCAUGGCCCGCCGGGCGUUCCUGCGCCAGCCAGUCCGCAGACUCGCCACACCACAGCCCUUCAGACGACACGCUUCCUCCAAGGCCGCGGAAGCCGGCCUCGAUAAGGGCGCCAAAAAGGACCCUGAGCUCUACGUCCUCCUUGCCGUUAUGGCCGGUGCCUUUGGAAUCGUCGGCUGGUACCUAGGCAGCACUCCUACCAGUGUUAGCUCCGAGAGCAACGUCCGUGUUGGCGAGAGCGGUUCUAUGCCAUGGGAAGUCGACGAGAAGGAUUCCGAGAGCAAGGGCAACUUCAAGUACAGAUAUCACCCUCACGGAGACAAGAGCCAGCCCCUCAAGGAGGCCCCCAGUGCCUUGAACGAGGUCAUCAUUCCAAACGUGACCCUACCAGUGGACCUCCACGAACGAUUCAACAAGUAUGGAAAGGAUCUCUAA